UUAUUAUCAAUCUCAGUGUAUUUCUCUAUCUACGUUUUGAGCUUACAACUUUUCUACCUUUGACCUGAAACAAUAUUCGAUUGUUUUGCAUCCUCACAAGCAUGCAAUUAAUUAGCAUGCAGUACACCCUGGACUGGACUCUGUAACCUCCAGCAGACUGCGCCGGUCCCUCGCUCACUGAGGAGUGUGUGCUCUUUUCACGGGCCACGGCACGUCACGGAGGGGGCAGGAGCGGAUUCCUGAGUGCUGCUCGAGCUUCCUGCGAUCACAUCCUCCUCAGAUCCACAUCUACAGCGGAGCGAGACGCCGCGCUUUCCUGCUCCAGCUCACUCAGUCGGCUCUUUUUACAGAAAUGAUGUUUCGGUGUUUACCCGUGUUUUUCCUCCUGGCUGUAGUCUGCACUCAUGCCGAGCAGGAGGCUCAGAGCAAAUCAAAGGUGUGUGCUAAUGUGUUCUGUGGUGCUGGGAGAGAGUGUGCCGUGAAUGAGAAAGGAGAGCCCAGCUGUCUGUGCAUUGAGCAAUGCAAGCCUCAUAAGCGCUCAGUGUGUGGCAGUAAUGGAAAAACAUACCGUAACCACUGCGAGCUGCACCGUGACGCCUGCCUUACUGGACUCAAGAUCCAAGUAGCCCAUGACGGACACUGCAAAGAGAAGAAGCAGGAGAAAGCCGCGGCCAGCCCAGUUGUGUGUUAUGUUGCUGACCGUAAUGAGCUGCGCAGACGUGUGAUCGACUGGCUGCAGACCGAGGUUGUUCCAGAUGGCUGGUUCACUAAGGGCUCCAACUUCACUGAUAUCCUCCUCAAGUAUUUCAAGAAUUCUGAUAACGGAGACUCUCAGCUGGAUUCUGCAGAGCUGCUCAAGUUCAUUCAGCACAAUGAAACAGCGGUUCAGAUGAACUCUUACGCUGAAGAAGAGAACAACCGCUUGCUCAGGUUAAAACACACACACACACCAUGCAAUGCAAGCCUUUCAAAUGGUGAUUUUCAGACAGCUUCUGCUGAUUUCAGCUUAGUUUAUAUAGUGUUGGUAAUCAAGAUAAAAUUUUUGGAGCCUCAUUUUGAAAAUCAUUGUGGUAACAUGGUUUGUGUUAUCACAGAGUGUGCUCUGGAAGAUGAGACCUAUGAGGAUGGAGCCGAGACACAGGUGGAGUGCAACCGCUGCGUCUGCGCAUGUGGAAACUGGGUCUGCACUGCCAUGACUUGUGAUGAGAAAACCCCAGUUAUCGACACUGAUGGGGAUCAGGAGAUGACUGAAGAGGAAUGGACCCGCCGUGUGGCUGAACUCAACAAGCAUCAGGAGACUGUGGAGAAGAUGAAGACCAGCACAAAGGAGGUCUAAAACAGGACCAAGACACGAGGAGGGAGAUGACGUGGACGAAUUCCUCUCCUACUGAUCACAGUCAGGAUUCCUGAUAUUAUGUACUGUUAAUGGAAGAAUCACACCGUUUUCUAUAGAUAGGUUAUUACUUUUAUUGGUAUCCAUACCGCAUCUAUUCUCUGGUUAAUGUGUUUUAUGUUACGGUUUGCUUUUCUACGUAUUUCAUUAGCUUUGUUUGUUCUUUUGUGUCUUUGAGUGCUGUAAAUUGUUUGAUUGUGUCACUCCAAACAGGUCUCAGCACUUUAUAAUGGGGGCCCUUCCCUUGUUUUAUUCACUAUUGUUUGAUUUUAUGUAUCAUUCUUUAUACCAUUUAUUUGUUUGUCUAUCUACAGUUAUAUGUGGACAUAUGUUUUUGUUUUUUUUGAUUGAGACAAUGGCAAUAGAAGAAGAAAAAAGAAUCGGAAAGUGUUCGAGAGUGAUGCUGAGAGAGCAAAACAACACGGGUUCAUCCAUCAAACUGUGAUUUUAGAGCUUCAGAACGAGAGAUAUCCUUCAGUCAGAUGGUAGAUACUCGUGCUAGUAGGAGCUUGAUGGAUAUAAAUGCAAACUAAAUGAAGCUAAUCAUGGCCGCUCUCUCUUUCACUCUCAUCUUGAAGGCAGUCAUAGUCUUGAGACCUUUCGUAAAGGUGCUAAUGUUAGUAUUCCUCUGUUUGCUGCUUUGCUCUCUUGCUUUAGAUGGUAGAUAACGCUCGGUAGGAUAUACAACACUAGAAGCAGAGACAGCAUGGCUCAGUGGAGAGAGCAGGCAAUACCUUUGAAUUUAAUAUCAUUUUGGGAAAACAAACCGACCAUGUUAUUAUUACUUGACAAACAUGCUUUUUCUGCCAUUAGCGACUUGGAUUAGAGUUGAUCACCUCCAUUAUUAGAAAACUGCUGCACAGAUGCAUUGGCUACGCUUGAGCUUGUAUUUAUAUUAGUUGCUAGAGGCAGUUCAUGCUGAAACUCUCACGCUGUGCUCAGUCCCACC